AUGGCCGAUCCCCAUGUGAGGCACAUCAAGACUGGCAUGGUAAAACAAUUAGUCAAAGAAAAAGUGAUGUACGGAAAAGAAGCAAAGCAACAAGAAGAAAAGAUUGAAAAAAUUAAAGCUGAAGUUGAUGAAAAUUAUGCCAUUAAAAAGCAGACAGAGAUCCUACAAGAGUCCCAGAUGAUGAUGCCAGAUUGCCAGCGCAGGUUAGAGGUAGCACAUACUACCUUUCAGCAGAUAUUAGAAGGUGAAAGGAAAGACUUGGAAGAAGCUAAGAAAUAA